GUUAAUACUAAAGAUGCGUGAUUGAUAUUUUGAAGCUCCUGAUUGAAACCGCGAUCCUAUCGUCGUUUGCGCAACGAUGAAAACCAAAACAGUUGUAAAUUUCCUGGCCUCUUUAUGUGCUUUCAUUGUAAUCUUGCAAACAACAAGUUCUUCAGCACAACGAAAGAGUUGCAGCCGUUUUAAGAGCGAUAUCACAUUCAACGCAAAUGGCUCAUCAAUGAUCUUCCAAAGCCCCUCUUAUCCGAGCCGAUACAUUGUGAAUCUCAACUGCACCUACCUGUUUAAGGCCCCAGAGGGCGAUAGGAUUGAGUUGUCCUUCGAUUCCUUUCAAUUAGAGGGUGCAUUUCCGCAAUGUGGGAGUGAUUACAUUGCUGUCAGAGACGGAUCAAGCGGGGAGAGUCCGUUGAUCGGCAAGUUCUGUGGAUCAAACAAGCCAGCUCCAAUUAUUUCUUCUGAAAAUUCACUCUACUUUUUCUUCGUUUCCAAUGAAAAAGAUCCCUUUGAUGGAUUCAGUGGAUUUUACCGAGUUAUUGAUGAAGUUGAGAUCGCCAAAUGCAGCCAAGGAAAAACAAUUCCCCCACUUUUCACACGGGGGUACCUCACUUCCCCGACGUUUCCAGGAAAGUAUCCGCCAAACAGAGAAUGUUCGUGGACUCUCCAGGCCCCAGCCGGCCACUUCAUGACAUUGGUCUUCCGUGUGUUUCAAACCCAGUGCCCCGACGAUAAAGUUGUCAUUCGAGAUGGCGAUCAAAAUGGCCAGCUGUUAGGUCAGUUUUGUGGUGAGCGUGAACUACCAGUCUUCCGCGGUCGAAAAUUGUGGGUGUCAUUCAAAUCUGAUGGAUCAUUUGCCUCAGCAGAAAAUGGCUUCAAUGCUACUUUCGAAUCACUACCUUUUAAAGGCCAGAUUACCGACCACUGUACUGGAGGAAAAAACCAAAUAAUCAACGCUUCUGUUCCAGGUACAAUUUCUUCCCCGUGGAUACCCGGACUGUAUCCUAACAACAUGGACUGCACUUGGAAACUUCAGGCCCCUGAAGGAAAGAGAGUGAAUCUGAAAUUUGAUAAAUUUGAGUUGGCAAAACCUUGCGGCGCAGACUUUGUUGAAGUUAGUGACGUCACUGCAGACGAUACCCGCUCAAGGGGUAAAUACUGCGGAAAUUUUCCGGACACCACGUCGGCCGGUGAAGAAGUUGACGUGCGAUUUGUUUCCAAUUCUCAGGGACGCGAGAAAGGAUUUGUCAUAAAAUAUGAGGCUGUUAAUAGAGGAUUUCAAUUGGCCUCUUCAAUAAUAGGAUGCAUUGGUCUCUACGCCUUCUCAGUUUUAACGCAAGUUUAUUUUAGAAUUUGAUGAAUAAGGACUAACAUCGAUGUUAAAAUGCUUCAAUGACGUCUUCACCGGUGUUAUAUCUAUAAACACAACCUUCUUCCCAAUAUUCUCUCUCAAUUGGCUUC